AUGGCUGUUACUACCAAUACCCCUGAGAACAAUGAUCAACCACACCGAGUCCUUAUCGUCAGUGUGCCUCGCACCGCCUCGAAUCUUCUCCUGAAGAUCCUCAACAUCCCCAAACAACCGAAUGUCCUCACCAACCCGAAGGGAGGCUACUUCUUCUACGAUGCAUUCAUGACAGCCAGCGAGAAUGGUCGCAUCGGCAAGCCGCUAGAACAAUGGACAGUAGAUGAGAAGAGCGAGACCAAAGCCGCCAUCCAACGGUGCUUCAACGAGCUAGAAGACUACUCCAGCCGAGCGCGUGCUGACAACAAGAUAAUGUUUGCCAAAGAACACGCCUUCUGGUUCCUCAACCCUCGCUUCUUCACGGGAAACAUAAACAGCGCCGAAGAGCAAGAGAACGCGAAAGAGUUCAAUGUAUCCACGCCAGAACGCUACGGGCCCUCGCAGACAUUCUCUGCCAAUAACAAAACUGUCAUGCCGGACGAGUACCUGCGCACCUGGCAGCUGGCCUUCAUCAUCCGUCACCCGGCACUAGCUUGGCCAUCUAUGUACCGUGCUAUGCAGAAGAUGUCUAAAGCCGGUGUCAUUGAAGACGACGACGUUAAGGGUGUGUCGGUCAAGAAUAUGAGCAUGGAAUGGACGCGGAAGUUAUUCGAUUGGUGUCUCGAGCAGCCCGAUGAGUCUGUCGCGCCUUUGGUCAUUGAUGCCAAUGACGUGAUUCAUAACCGCGGUGCUGUGAUUAGGUUCUGUGAGAAGGUUGGUCUGGACACUGCGUCCAUGCAGUUUGAGUGGACUGGCUCUGCGAAAAAAUCCGAGACGACUGAAAGUACAAACGUUGGUGAGCCUGGGGAGCUAGCGUUUCGUAAGAAUACCGUUUCUAUCAUGUUGUCGACUUUGCAGGAGUCGACUGGUGUUGUUAAGGACAAGGCUCCAGUGUCAGUUGAUAUUGAUGAGGAAGUUGCUAAGUGGCGUGUCGAGUUUGGGGAUGAGAUUGCUGAGUUGCUUGAGAAGGCCACGCGAGAUUCUAUGCCGGAUUAUGAGUAUUUGAAGGCUAAUAGGGUUACGGUCUAA